AUGUAUUGCAUGAUGGAUUAUGAAUUUAUUCGUCGUGAUUUGUUUGAUGAUUAUGAAGAACGACGUGUUUGGUGUGUACUUCGCUAUUCUCAAUCAAUUGAAACAUAUACUAUGAUUGUUCAAUAUUUUCAUUUUAUUGGUCCGUUUUUAGUGAAUUUAAUUCCAGCUAUUUGUAUUAUUGUAUAUAUAACUCGUCUAAAAACGAUUAUUCGAUCUCAAUUUAGUUAUCAACAACAAUUACUCGAUCACCACAAACAACUUAUUAUCAGUCCUAUAUUAUCUUAG